GUGUAUUUAUUGAUUCUUGGGAUGCGGAUUGGAUUACGUGCUCGAUCGAGUGCGCGUGUUCACUGAAGCCACACACACGCACACGCAGAGUGUAUAUUAGGCGACGUCCGACGGGGAUUAACGGAUGUGGGUUAUCCCUGAAAUAUCCACGGCGGCUGUUGUGCAUCUGAUGCGUCGAGCGGACUCUUUUUGAGGCUGUAAACAGCUGCUUGCAUGGGCGAAUUUGUUUAUUUGCGUGCUUUUAUUCUGCUGCAUAAACGAUUGCAAUUAAGUGAUGCUGUGACUAAAUAAGAAGAAGGAAGAGGAGGAGGUGGACGGUGGUGACUGAGCCCUCCAAGCCGCGGAUGUGCAGCUGAGCUCGGGCAUCUUUCCCGUCGGGGGAGGCGGAGGCGGUGGAGGAGGGGGAGGCGGUGGAGGAGGAGGAGGAUGGUGCCCGGGGCGCCGAGCGCCGGUAGCGGCACCAGCAUGCUCCCCGCCUCGGAGGCAGCCAAGAUCUACCAGACCAACUACGUGCGCAACUCCCGCGCCAUCGGCGUGCUGUGGGCCAUCUUCACCAUCCUGUUCGCCAUCGUCAACGUGGUGUGCUUCAUCCAGCCCUUCUGGAUCGGAGACGGCGACAACACCCCGCAGUCGGGCUACUUCGGCCUGUUCCACUACUGCAUCGGCAGCGGCCUGUCGCGGGAGCUGACGUGCCAGGGCAGCUUCGCCGAGUUCUCCAGCAUCCCGUCGGGCGCCUUCAAGGCCGCCGCCUUCUUCAUCGCCACGUCCAUGGUGCUGGUGCUCGGCUGCAUCGGAUGCUUCGCGCUCUUCUUCUUCUGCGGCACCGGCACCGUCUACAAGAUCUGCGGCUGGAUGCAGCUGGCUGCAGGCACGUGUCUGAUCCUGGGCUGCAUGAUCUACCCGGACGGCUGGGACAGCGACGAGGUGAAGCGCAUGUGCGGCGAGCAGACGGGCAAAUACACGCUGGGCGCCUGCUCUCUGCGCUGGGCAUACAUCCUGGCCAUCAUGGGCAUCAUGGACGCCCUCGUCCUUUCCUUCCUCGCCUUCGUGCUGGGCAACCGCCAGGACAGCCUCAUGGCCGACGAGCUCCUGGCGGACAAGUGCGCUAACAACGCCAUAUAACAUGCGAGCCAACCUUCCCAUACGUACACGAGGCUGAGAUGAUGGAAAAGGUCUGAAUCCUUGAAGUGGACGAGGAACUCGGAACAUUCCAUCUGUAAAACAUCAUUUAGCUCGGACGCACUGCUCUUUGGGCAUUUUUUGUUGGUUUUGUUUUUUUCACGUGCUGCUGGCGGAUGAGAUGUCGUCCAUGCAGAUGUGAAGACACCACCUAACCGGAAUAAGACUUUUCAUGGAGCAAAUUCAUGCUGUAAUUUGCCAUUUUGCUGUACUUAAAUGUUUGAUGUGGUUAAGUAGCGGACGUGACAAUUUUUAAUUUAAAAAAAGAUAUAGUCGAUGUGUGGCUAUAACAUGCGUGUGGUAUUCUGGUAUACUAAAACCCUUCAAAGUAUUAUGGGAAGAAAAACAAAAAGAAACAUUUGCUAACACGAUCCAUCUACCUCUCCAGUUCAGUCUUGAUGCGUUUGUUUUGUGUGACUCGUAAAAUCCAUGUACAGGUACUGCAAAAAUAAGUGGACAUGACCAUAUAUGGCGGGGAAAAUCUAUGUCGAAUUUAACGGUGGUGGGUGGGACUGUACGUUGAACACCUCCCUCUGGUGGCCAUAAUUAAAGGUGCAGGCUCAUAGGCUCAUAAAACUUGGAAUAACGCUUGUUUUUUUUACAGUUUUUAACUAGUAUUUGCAUGGAUUUACACAAUACAAAAAUUUAAAUGAGUGAACUGAAGAGGCAAUAAUGGCCACGGCAUACUAGAGUGUAUUUAUUCAUUUCUGGAGUGUAUUUAUCAAGGCUGAAUUGUUACCUUGAGAUUACUUCCUGUCCAGAAGCCAACGUGACGUUCAUCACUUUCCCCAAAAAAUAAAUCAUAAUAAUUUUCGAAUAAACGUGUGCAGCGGUGUGCGUUUCCUUCAAUUUACCUUCCCGCACUUCAAGAAAGCGAACGCAAACAAAAGUGUUUAUGAAACUGUCAUAACAGUGAUUUAUUAUAAUGAACCAUGAAAAGAGCCAACCAGUGCAGUGUCUGUGAGCUCCUCCCCUUGGCACAAACACACUCACACACAAAUAAUAAUAAUAAUAAUAAUAAUAAUAAUAAUAAAAAACAGGACAAAGUUGAAAAGUCCAGAGAGGGUCAAAAUAAAAAAUAAAAAAUAAAUGCUACACACGGAAACAUUCAGCUUUGCCAAGAAGAGCGCUCGUAUGUACAACCAUGUUUGAAAAAUGGUGGGGGGGGAGGGGCAGCGAUUUGUACAGGCGUAGAAAAAAAAAAAAAGAAAGCCGAUAUUUACAAACGUGUUCCUGGUGAAAGCCGGCAUCUAUUAUACAUUUAAUUACACUUUCUACAAGUAACGCUCCAUUUAAAAAAAAAUAAACCUACGGGAGAGGUGCUCGGCCCACCUCGGAAGACCACCAUACACACGAACAGAACCGCAGCCCGCCGAGGUGGUGAGGCCACCGUCUCCCGCAAAUUGUUUUCUGCGGCGCUCAACAGAUUUCUGAUGUUAGACGGAGGAAUUAAAAAAAAUAUGUCUU